AUUUUUGUCUCUCUCUUUCUCUCUCCUUCUCUCUCUCUCUCUUUUAUUUUCAGGCUGAGGGAUUCAGGCAGAGAGAGAGACAAGGGGGGAUAAUUUCUUUUCUUUAAAAAAACAAAACAAAAGAAAGGCAGCCAUCUUUCUUAAAAAUAAACCUCACCCUUUUGUACCUCCAGUCAGCGUAGACAGUGGCGGCUGGAACACCUCUGCACCCCUAUGGGUUAAUCUCUGAAGCCUUUUUUGGGAUCCAGAUUGCGAAAGAAACUGAAAUUGAUCUGGGGAGAAGGAGGAGGUGGGAUAUGCGGGGUCCGCUGGGGAUCGAAGAGGACCCGAUAGAAGACAUGGAGAAUGAAGAGAUGUCAGAAGAGGAAGCUGGAGGUAUGGAAGCAAUAGACUUUUUUUCUGAAGAACUCCCCCCUAAGAGAAAGAAAUCCAAAAAAUCCAAGGAAGGCAAACUAUCGAAAACUAAAAGAAGAAAAAAAGAGGGAAGUGAUGAGGACGUAUCAGAAAAUCAAGAUGAGCUUGAGGAAAAGUCAGAAAGUGAAGGAAGUGAUUAUGCUCCCAACAAAAAGAAGAAGAAAAAGCUCAAAGAAAAGAAAGAAAAAAAAGCUAAACGUAAAAAGAAAGAUGAUGAUGAUGAUGAAAAUGAAGAAGGUGGAAUUAAGGAGCCUAAAACUUCAUCUCAGUUAAUGGAAGAGUGGGGCCUAGACAAUGUGGACUAUGUUUUCUCAGAGGAAGAUUAUCAUACAUUGACCAACUACAAGGCUUUCAGUCAGUUUCUCAGGCCUUUAAUUGCAAAGAAGAAUCCAAAAAUCCCAAUGUCGAAGAUGAUGACUGUACUUGGGGCAAAAUGGAGGGAGUUCAGUGCUAAUAAUCCACUAAAGGGAAGUUCUGCAGCAGCUGCAGCUGCUGCGGUCGCAGCAGCAGUUGAAACUGUGGUUGUUUCUCCUCCACUAUUGGUCCUUCCCCCCCAACCAGUCCAACCCGCACCUAUAAGGAAGGCAAAAACCAAGGAAGGAAAAGGACCUGGUGUAAGGAAAAAAUCUAAACCGUCCAAGGAUAACAAGAAAAAAGCUAAAGGCAAGAAAGUGGCAAACCUCAAAUUUAAAUUCGGAGGGGUGGCCAGCAAAAGAAAAAAAGGUUCAUCAAGUGAGGAGGAUGAAAGAGAAGAGUCCGACUUUGACAGCGCCAGCAUCAACAGCUCAUCUGUGCGUUCCGAUAUCAGUGCUGGAUUAGGAAAGAGAGGCAAAAAAGUAAAGAAAAAGAAGAGAGUUGAAGAAGGUGACGGUUAUGAAACAGACCAUCAGGAUUACUGCGAAGUUUGUCAGCAGGGAGGGGAAAUCAUAUUAUGUGACACAUGCCCCCGUGCCUAUCACCUCGUCUGCCUGGAUCCUGAACUGGAAAAAGCCCCAGAGGGCAAGUGGAGUUGCCCACACUGUGAAAAAGAAGGUAUCCAAUGGGAACCAAAGGAAGAUGAUGAGGAUGAAGAAGAUGGGGGAGAAGAAGAAGAGGAGGAAGAUGACCACAUGGAGUUUUGUCGUGUUUGUAAAGAUGGGGGUGAACUUCUGUGCUGUGACACUUGUCCCUCUUCUUAUCAUUUGCACUGUCUUAACCCACCUUUGCCUGAAAUACCAAAUGGUGAAUGGCUGUGCCCUCGUUGUACGUGUCCACCUUUGAUAGGCAAAGUUCAACGAAUACUACACUGGUCAUGGAGAGAACCUCCCCCUCCAUCAAGCUUCCCCUCCGAUAUAGAUCCCCUCAUGCCACCUCCAAAGCCUGUCGAUGGCAUUCCAGAAAGAGAAUUCUUUGUCAAAUGGGCAGGGCUGUCCUACUGGCACUGCUCCUGGGUUAAGGAAUUACAGCUAGAAUUGUAUCAUACAGUUAUGUUUCGUAAUUACCAAAGAAAGAAUGACAUGGAUGACCCACCUCCGUAUGACUAUGGGUCUGGGGAUGAAGACGGCAAAAGUGAAAAACGGAAAAACAAAGAUCCGCUGUAUGCAAAGAUGGAAGAAAAGUUUUACCGAUAUGGCAUAAAAGCAGAAUGGAUGAUGAUACAUCGAAUAAUGAAUCACAGUUUUGAUAAGAAGGGAGACGUUCAUUAUCUGAUCAAGUGGAAGGACCUGCCUUAUGAUCAGUGCACAUGGGAAAUCAACAAUAUAGACAUUCCAGAUUAUGAAAACCAGAAACACUCUUACUGGGACCACAGGGAGUUGAUGCUCGGUGAAGAUGCAAGACCUCUUAGAUUUAAGAAGAACAAAAAGACGAAAGAUGAGAAUCUGGAAAAACCACCUUUAGCCCCAAUAGUUGAUCCAACUGUAAAGUUUGAUAAACAGACUUGGUACAUAGAUUCUACAGGAGGAACGUUACACCCUUACCAGUUAGAAGGAUUGAACUGGUUAAGGUUUUCCUGGGCACAAGGAACCGAUACUAUUCUUGCAGACGAAAUGGGUCUUGGCAAGACUGUCCAGACUAUUGUUUUCCUCUACUCCCUUUACAAAGAGGGUCAUUCCAAAGGUCCAUAUUUGGUCAGUGCACCAUUGUCAACUAUCAUCAAUUGGGAACGGGAAUUUGAGAUGUGGGCACCGGAAUUUUAUGUUGUAACAUACAUUGGUGAUAAAGACAGUCGAGCAGUUAUAAGAGAAAAUGAGUUUUCUUUUGAAGACAAUGCCAUCAAAAGUGGGAAGAAGGUGUUUCGCAUGAAAAAAGAAGCCCAGAUAAAAUUUCAUGUGCUGCUUACAUCUUACGAGCUAAUCACAAUUGAUCAUGCUAUCUUGGGUUCUAUUGAGUGGGCAUGCCUUGUAGUGGAUGAGGCACACCGGCUGAAAAACAGCCAAUCGAAAUUCUUUAGGGUAUUAAAUAGCUACAAGAUUGACUAUAAACUGCUGCUAACUGGAACUCCGCUUCAGAAUAAUUUAGAAGAACUUUUCCAUCUUCUCAAUUUCCUGACACCUGAACGAUUUAAUAACCUAGAAGGGUUUUUGGAAGAGUUUGCAGACAUCUCCAAGGAAGACCAAAUUAAGAAACUUCAUGACGUGCUGGGACCCCACAUGCUGAGGCGGCUGAAAGCAGAUGUCUUUAAGAACAUGCCAGCCAAAACAGAAUUAAUAGUACGAGUGGAGCUUAGCCAAAUGCAAAAGAAGUAUUAUAAGUUCAUAUUAACAAGAAACUUUGAGGCUUUGAAUUCGAAAGCAGGUGGAAACCAAGUUUCAUUGCUCAACAUCAUGAUGGACCUAAAGAAGUGCUGUAAUCACCCUUAUCUCUUUCCCGUUGCUGCUGUGGAGGCCCCAGUUUUGCCAAAUGGAUCAUACGAUGGAAAUUCUUUGGUUAAAUCUUCUGGCAAGCUGAUGCUUCUACAAAAAAUGCUGAAGAAACUAAAGGACGGAGGGCACAGGGUGCUGAUUUUUUCUCAGAUGACAAAAAUGCUGGACUUACUUGAAGAUUUUUUAGAAUAUGAAGGCUAUAAAUAUGAACGAAUAGAUGGAGGAAUUACAGGAGGGCUACGCCAGGAGGCGAUUGACAGAUUUAAUGCUCCCGGUGCUCAGCAAUUCUGCUUUCUCCUGUCCACUCGAGCUGGAGGUCUGGGUAUAAAUUUAGCUACUGCUGAUACUGUAAUAAUUUAUGACUCAGACUGGAACCCUCACAAUGACAUACAGGCAUUCAGCAGAGCUCACAGGAUCGGGCAGAAUAAAAAAGUGAUGAUCUACCGGUUUGUCACUAGAGCCUCUGUAGAAGAGAGAAUCACACAGGUGGCAAAGAGGAAAAUGAUGUUGACCCACUUGGUCGUGCGGCCAGGACUUGGGUCUAAAUCGGGGUCUAUGUCAAAGCAAGAAUUGGAUGAUAUUUUAAAAUUCGGCACUGAGGAACUGUUUAAAGAUGAUGUUGAAGGCGAGAGUAUUAAGAAACAAAUUGCUGACCAGCAUUGUGGUACCUUAACCGCGUACAAGAAAACUGGUGAUAACAAGGAUGUGGAAGACAGCAGUGUUAUCCACUAUGAUGAUGCUGCCAUUUCAAAACUUUUGGACCGAAACCAAAAUGCAACCGAAGAUACGGAUAUCCAAAAUAUGAACGAAUAUCUAAGUUCUUUUAAAGUGGCCCAGUAUGUUGUGCGGGAAGAAGAUGGUGUGGAGGAAGUGGAACGAGAAAUAAUUAAACAGGAAGAGAAUGUUGAUCCAGAUUAUUGGGAAAAGCUGCUUCGUCAUCAUUAUGAGCAACAGCAGGAAGAUCUUGCCAGGAAUCUCGGCAAAGGGAAGCGCAUUCGCAAGCAGGUCAACUACAAUGAUGCCUCACAAGAGGACCAAGAAUGGCAAGAUGACCUGUCUGACAACCACUCAGAGUAUUCAGUUGGUUCAGAAGAUGAGGAUGAGGAUUUUGAAGAGAAGCCUGAAGGUGGCAGAAGGCAGUCUCGACGGCAAUUAAAGAGUGACAGAGAUAAACCACUUCCCCCACUUCUGGCAAGAGUUGGAGGAAACAUUGAGGUCCUUGGAUUUAAUGCCCGACAGCGCAAAGCCUUUUUAAAUGCAAUUAUGAGAUGGGGAAUGCCACCACAAGAUGCUUUUAAUUCAAACUGGCUUGUCCGAGAUCUCAGAGGAAAGAGUGAGAAAGAAUUCAGGGCAUACGUGUCCUUAUUUAUGAGACAUCUGUGUGAACCUGGAGCGGAUGGAGCAGAAACCUUUGCUGAUGGGGUUCCUAGAGAAGGGCUGUCACGUCAGCACGUUCUCACUAGAAUUGGAGUCAUGUCACUGGUUCGAAAGAAGGUGCAAGAAUUUGAUCAAGUCAAUGGAAAGUACAGUACCCCAGAUCUAAUCCCAGAGAGUGUACAAAACAAAAAAUGUUUUGAUCUGGUUUCCUCUGAUCCAAACACACCGGUAGCAGCCAGUCCAGCUCCAUUGCCUCCUGGAGCAACAACAGUGACAGAAAAGUGUGACGGGCAGUCUGUGCUGCAAGAGGACUCUGAGAUGGUGGAGCUCAAGCCCAAAUAUCCUGCAGAGGCACAGCCUAAUGCCAAACAGGAGAAAUCUGAGCAAGAAGAAUUAAAUGAGGAUUUGGACAUGAAAGAAAUUAAAAUGAAGGAUACAGAAGAGGAUGAGGAAAAAGAAUCAACAGAUCAGGUUUCUAAAGCAGCUGAGACCCACGAGGAGCAAGAAAAACCAUCAGAGAAGUCAGAAUCCUGUGUAACAACAAACAAAGUAGAGGACAAUGAGCUCAAAACGGGUACAAGUGAAGAUAAUAAACCAGAUGAAAAGGAAGAAUGUGAGACCCAGCAGAAUGGUGAAAAUGAUAUCAAACAGGAAGAGGAUGAAGGAAAAAAAGAAGAUAAAAAUAGCAAAUUUAAAUUUAUGUUUAAUAUCGCAGAUGGUGGAUUUACAGAACUUCACACACUGUGGCAAAAUGAAGAGCGAGCUGCAAUCUCCUCGGGGAAAAUGUAUGAUAUAUGGCAUAGAAGACAUGAUUACUGGCUUCUGGCUGGGAUUGUCACACAUGGUUAUGCCCGCUGGCAGGAUAUUCAGAAUGACCCCCGCUAUUUGAUCUUAAAUGAGCCGUUUAAGUCGGAGAUUCACAAAGGAAAUUAUCUAGAAAUGAAAAACAAGUUUCUUGCUCGGAGAUUCAAGCUAUUAGAACAAGCGUUAGUGAUCGAAGAGCAGCUGCGAAGGGCAGCCUAUCUCAACAUGACUCAAGACCCAAAUCACUCGGCCAUGGCACUCAAUGCGCGACUAGCUGAAGUGGAAUGUCUCGCUGAGAGCCAUCAGCAUCUCUCCAAAGAGUCUCUUGCAGGAAAUAAGCCGGCUAAUGCUGUUCUUCACAAAGUUCUGAAUCAGCUGGAAGAGUUGCUAAGCGAUAUGAAGGCAGAUGUGACCCGUUUACCCUCAAUGCUGUCUAGAAUACCGCCUGUUGCAGCCCGCCUUCAGAUGUCUGAGCGCAGUAUUCUUAGUAGACUCACCAACCGAGGAGGUGACCAGACUAUCCAGGGAACAUUUGGAUCCUCUCAAAUGUAUAAUAACAACUUUGGCCCCAAUUUCCGAGGACCUGGUCCUGGCAGCAUUGUCAACUACAGCCAGAUGCCUCUUGGACCAUACGUGACUGCAUCCAAUGGGACCCACUCGGCAUAUCCCGACAAGAAAAUGAUCGAUUCCCUAAAGGAUUGUGCGUCAUUGGAUCGGAAAGGGAGACUCAGUGACAUCAUCUUUAUUGAAGAUUAAAUCACAGCCUAAAGGGGAAGUUGAAUCCGCCAUCCACAUACUUAGAUUGCUCUACCAUGAAAUGGACUUCUUGUUAAAAGGGAUUUCAUUUCCUAGUACAUUUUUUGCACUUUCUUAUUGAAGACUUGAAGAGUUUGUCUUGAUAAAAGUUGAAAUACUUACCAAGGGUAUUAUUGUGAUGUUUCUGUUUCUCUUUUUAUCAAUUUUGAAAAGAAACCUGGUUGAUGUCCAGGAACCAACUUGCUAACCUGAGGCCUUUUAUGUUUGUCAAAAACCAUUUUGUUGCUGAAAGGUUCCCUAUCUGUUGCAGAGCAAUGAAUGUGGGACCUGUGUGGGCGCUGGAGGGGGUUUGAUCUCAAGUGUUUUCGUUAUGGUAUCAGAUGCUGCAUGGCUAUCCUUAGUCUCCCUAAGCUUUCCAUGUCAUUGCUUUCCAUGAUGUCUGGGGAAAAUGAACAUCUGCUCUUUGGUAAGGGAUCUGCGCCCACUUACUUAUGGAUUGGAGGCUGCACAAUCCCACCCAGUACAUUGUAUCGUGUAUCCAUGCUUUCUGUAUUUCCAUUCUCUCUGUACCACUGCCUUGUACCCCAUGUAUUCUUGGGCUAGUCCAAAAUAUGCACCAUAUGCCACGUUCAGGUAUAAAAUCAAUGGUUUGGCUUAUAAAAAGUAAGACAUCUGCAUGUGAAUUAUAGUAUAUAGAAAACUACUUUCAUCCCAGUUUUUGCCCUAGCGUUUCACUAUUAAUAAUAUCAGGGUGGAGUUAUCGGGGUGCACUGUUCAUUUAACUAUAUAAAGAAUUCCAUUUUCUAUUUGAACCCCAAGCUUUCUCAUUACAGUGUAUAAGGCAGCUCUAAAAUAUGCCCUAACCUUUAAGCUUGCCUUAUAGAAGUCAUCCGGAGCUGGGCUUUUGUUAUAAUGUAUAUUACUGUGCAACCCAUGCGACAGACCUGGGAGUUGGCUUUGGACCUGCAACACUCCAGAUAUUAGAUGUUUAGGAAUAUAUGGGAGCUGAGCCCAGAAGCAAUCAAAAUAAAAAUGGGAACAAACACAAAGCUUCUCAGUGACUUGUAUAUAUGAACUGCAACUCCCAAACCAUAUGUAAAACUACAUUUUAUUCAACUGGUCCAUUAGAAUCAUCCGUAAAUAGUGUGGCACCAGUUUUUCCUGAAAAUGUCCAUAUUCAAGAAAUACUGACCCAUCCUGCAGCAACUUGCACCCAUGUCAUGUCCUUACGAGAGGGAAGAGAGAUGGGAAUCAGAGAUUACACCUGUAUGAUGUUCCUAUGCGUUUAUAAGCUGUGCCGUAUGUUUAAUAUGUGAGUGGUUACAGAGAGCCCCAUUUUCACCCCAUCGUCCAUAUCUUUACUUACUACCUAAGCCAAUACAGUAAAGAUAUAAAAACUCCAUCCCUGCUUGUCUUUGUGGGCCAAGACACUAAAGCUGUACAGAUGUUUAUGACUUAUUCUGUAGGUUAAUUUGAAUGUAUCACAAAAAAAAAAAAAAAUAAAACUGAAAAUGAUGUUUUGACCAA